UGUAGGCUACACGGGGGAUCUUUGUCUUUGCUGUGAGUGUGUGGGGGGGGGGUGACGCCACCUCGCGCCCUCACGCGCGUAGCACAGCAACGGCGGUGCGGACAACCCGGCGUUGUACAUCGACACAAUGAGUUAGACACCAAGAGGCAACUCAUAGGAGACUGCAUGCCAGAGAUACAACAUACAGAGAGAGACAACCUACAGUUAGACACCAAGAGACAACUCAUAGGAGACUGCAUGCCAGAGAUACAACAUACAGAGAGAGAGAGCGAUACAACCUACAGACAUUUAUAGAGAAAUCGACAGACACUUCACUGAGAUAGACGCACUCACGCACACACAGACAGACAGACACGUCAGGGAGCGAGACACACCGCGACACGGACACCAGUGGGCCCGCAAUCAGCCUUCGGGGUCGGAACGUCGGCCGGUUCGGUUCGGCCCCGGGUUUAAAAUCGUCCGAGGUUAGCACCGCGAGUCGGCACCAAGCCCUCGGCCUUGUCGACUCGGGCGGGCUAAGCCUGGCCGGGCAACUAGGCCGAGUCGGGGCACCACGGGACCUGGUCUGGGCUGGGGUUGCCACCGUUACGGGAAUUGGCGUCUCGUGUUCGGGUGGCAGGAAUUGAUUGUGUCGAUCUCGUGUACAGGUUGAUUACGGUGGUGUAUAUUGCACGGUUUUGGCAAAUCGACCUCGGCUGAUUGAGAAACUUGCGCGCGGGCUUGGUCCACGGCGCAAAGGCUGGCGACGAUCCCACAUAGGAUCGGGUGUGUGGGGGCCCACAUAGGAUCGGGUGUGGGGGGGCCCACAUAGGAUCGGGUGUGUGUGCCCACAUAGGAUCGGGUGUGUGUGUGCCCACAUAGGAUCGGGGGUGUGUGUGCCCACAUAGGAUCGGGUGUGUGGGGGCCCACAUAGGAUCGGGUGUGUGUGUGCCCACAUAGGAUCGGGUGUGUGGGGGCCCACAUAGGAUCGGGUGUGGGGACCCACAUAGGAUCGGGUGUGGGGGCCCACAUAGGAUCGGGUGUGUGGGGGCCCACAUAGGAUCGGGUGUGUGGGGGCCCACAUAGGAUCGGGUGUGUGCUUGAGGCCGCUGGCAUGACGGCCGCAACGGGCCCGGUGCCUGGUGAGGCCGCGAGGGAGGUCACGGUGCUGGUCGUGCCCUCGGCCCAGGAGCUGGGCCGCGCGGUCCGCACCAACAUCGCGUGCCCCGUGCCGCGAUGCGGUCGCGCUCUGCCCAACGAACCCGCGCUUCGCAUGCACCUGGACAAGGCGCACGGCGUGAGGGAGGGCCCACAGCCGUCCGACAGACCGUCCCGCUCGUCAGAUGGCCGACCCAAGCUCUACUGCUGCCCUGUGCAAGGCUGUCCCAGAGGGCCAGGGAGGCCAUUCCCACAGUUCUCCCUUGUGCGGCAGCACUACCUGAAGAUGCAUGCGGAGCGGACGCACGAGUGCGGGGUGUGCGAGCGCCGGUACAGCACGCGCGCCGACCUGCGGCGGCACCAGGGCGACUGUGGCCGAGUGUUCAGCUGCUCCUGUGGCUGCCCCUACGUCAGCCGCACCGCACUGCUCUCCCACGCCUACCGCACCGGCCACGUGUUGCCGGAGGAGCACAGAGUGCCGCCCGGGCGCAAACGAAAGCUGGAGAGCCAGUCCAGCGUGCAAACCCCCACGAGGGUCGUGUCGGUCACGCAGCAGCCCGAUGUUCACGCCGGUGACUCCACCCCCACGGGGCAAGACAUGGCGGUGGCAACGCCUCAGCAGAAGCCCGGGCCGGCGUUCGAAAAAUCUUCCCCGAAGACGCCGGACGCCUGCCCGCCGGCGCCGAUCCCCUCUCCUGCGCGCGCCGCUCAGCGAGGCCCGUCCAUCGCCGCAGAUCAGGUGCGGGCGGCGGUCGCGCCGAGGGCGAGAGGGAGGUGCGUGGAGCAGCAUGCUGUGCGUCCAAAGGUCGCCUCCUCGAAACCUAAGUGCGAGAGCGACCCGCUGCCCACGCCGCCACCGCCGCCAGCGCCGUCCGCUCCGUUGAGAGCACCGUCCAAACGGUUGCUGCUGCCCAAGCCGAGUGCGGUGCUGCUGAAGCUAUCGGUGACUCAGCGGGGGGCGGCGGCCCUGCUCGGCCACAGAGAGGGCAGCUCCAUCAAACCGGUGGUGGUCGCCGUGGAUGAGGCGGGCGCUAUCGUGAGCACGCUGGCGCUCGUCCCUGGCGCGUUCGGCAGCGCCAACGCCAAGGGCUCCAAGGGAGUUGGCGCUGUUUUGGACCUCGGUGACAAGGAUCGUUUCCAGCCGGUCUCCACCGUAUCUCACGCAUCACCGAAAGUGAUUACGUGCGAAGCUCAGACCGAGGUGUGCAUUAAUGAUAUCUAUGCUGCGUCUAACCCAUAUUCUUCAGCCACGAACACGUACUCACAUCCGCUGAAUUUCUUGGUCAGUGCAAAUGCGCAAACCGAUGUUAGCUUCACCGCCGUGGGUUCCGCGCCAAAUAGCGUUUGCACGCAAACCCAGCACAAUCCUCAAAGAACAACGUCCAACUUUGCGGUACAGACAGAAUCGGAGCAAGACCAAAUACAAAUCACGAAGUUGACAGAGAAGCAAUUAAUUCCCAACGUUGCAUCGUGGGAUCCGAAUGGCAGAAAUAUUUCAUCGUGUCCAAAGCUUAGUGGUGGUACGUAUGACAUUUCAACACCGUGUAACGCUGGCAUAUUUGUUGGUGACAAUAACUCAACGGUGCUCGGCCUACUCAAGGAUCCUUCCAUGUACAGCACUUUACACGCCAUGGCUAUGCUCGGCCAGGGUCUCAAGCAUAAUCAGUUGAGCACCCUCGAAUCGGUUGUUUGCGACAGGGCGACUGCGCCUGAAAAUACAAACAGAGAUCCGAGCCAGACGCGCGCUGGCUGUGCCAGCGGCGUGGACACGGAGACGCACACGCACGACUUUGAGUUGUACUUGGAGCAGCUGCUGUCGGGGGCGGCGCUCCCAUCUCACUCGCGAGACCGGGGUGACCACUGCAUCGCGCCCGGCACGCUGGACACGUCCGCCCAGACGGACACGUCGCUGGUGGCGCCGAACUCCGUAGCCCCCGAUAGCACGAGGGUGGACGGGGCUACCCAGACGUCGAUGAUGCUGGUAGACGACUUCAACAUGGAAAUGUUUGACAGUUACACCCAGACCGACCUGGAGGUUCUGUUACAGGACUCCUCCCUGGAAUUCCCUGCAGUCCGAGCUGGGUUUUCUGGAAACUGCGCUGAACUGCUGGAUACUCAGACCCAAACUGACCUUGGAAACUUUCUAGAGUACGCCUCUAGGCUGCCCGAGAGCCAAAUGACUUUUGCGUGCAACAGUGCCCUCAACACGGAGACACAGACCGACUUGUUUUUGCAGCGAGGGUCCUCCAUGGCGUGCCCUGAUUCUAUCGAUCUCAAGGGCGAGAUGCUCGCACACCCCUCCAUGAUGCGGGCGGAUGUGCGCAGAGAUUCCUCGUUCUCCACCGAAGACUCGGCAGGAGACAACGCACUGAGGCUGGACUUCACGUCGAGCUGCGUGCCUCUGCACAUUCAAACCCAGACGGAGCCCGGUGCGCCGCAGGAACAAGUCGCGUCCAUUCCCGAGCUCGACAAUCCGGUGAUGAACUUCUCGGCCGAGCCCGGCUCACUUCACGGAGAGACACGGGCGGGGGGCAGCUCCCGCGCUCCUCUGAGCUCUGCCGAGACCCAGACGCCCCGCAACGACCUGGACGAUUUCUUUUUCACCAGCAUCGAGACGCAGACCAUGGAGGACGACUUCCUGCUCUCGGAUUUGGACUUCGGAGGCAUGGAGACGCCCUUCGGGUCCAUCGACGCACAGACCUCGCCAGGAUACGGCUCCUCGGCCGAGAGCGAGGAGUCGCACGCGGGGUCGAGGGCAGGCGCCAAGGCCGAUGUGCCCUCCAUUUUCCAGCACUUCCACUUUUAAUGCCGGCCGAUCGCGCUGGUUCAGCCACCCCGCGCGCGACGUCACUCGUGCGUUACUCGUGUCUGGACAAUGGUGCCCACCCCCGGCCCCCUCCCCCCACCAUGGCAGCUGUCGAGCAAUGUAAACGAUCCGUAUCCAAGAUGCCGUGGUGAAAUCAUUAAUAGUGAAUGCCACCCUCAGGGCAGUGGGGACCUGGUUCGCGUUACAGUGGCGCCACGCUACGACGCCUCCGUCUGAUCCUCGGAUUCCCAGACGACGAUGCUGCUGCUGCUGCAGGGAUGUUGCGGAUCCCCGAUAAAGUCGAAUCGGUGUUCCAUGUGAAGUUAGUUUAUUUGCACUUUGGGAUAUUUUUCUACAGAAUGCACAAUAAAACUGUUGACGCAAGCGAUUGUGCAAGCAACGUGUUGCCAAAUCCUUUAUUUAAAAUUUCGUUUUUGACCGUCGUUUGCAAAUAACUGUACAAUUUUGCAGCGAAACUGCACUGUGUUAUCACAAGCAUGCGUGUGGUGAGUGCAGCCUUGAUGCCUUGCCGGGAAGGGUGAAGCCUAUUCUUUUUUCGUCAGCAAAAACUGCUGUUCGCGAGAGUUGAGUGUGAAUAAAACAAGUCCGCUCGAGCGAAUAA